GAAGGUGUCAAGUUAAGUGAUCCAUACAAAUAAAUAUUUACGAUCUAUUUAAAAAAAAUAUUAAAUCAAAGUCAACUUUAUGAACAAUUAAAAUUUUGAAUUUUUGAAAAUUCUCUACCAUGGAGACCGAUGUGAUAACGAUUUCGUCUUCUGAUUCUGAAGAUGACAUGUCGCCUUUAAAGGGAAGAGUUCAUCACAAUACGGAAUCAACGAACUGUUCAUUCUGUACGACGACCCUUCCCCCGGGAGCGGGCAUCGUGUUGGAACAAUGUUUCCAUGAUUUUUGCUCAGAUUGCAUUUCGGGAGUAGUCAAUUCUUCAAUUAGUGAUGUCAUUGAAUGUCCCGUUUGGUGUGAAGGAAUCUUGACGGAGGCGGAAAUACGAUGGGUAGCAUCACCAACAACGUUCCAGCGACUCUUCCCUUCCACACCAAUAUCAAAUCAUACCUAUCGACGAAGCGUAAUCCAUGAACCUCCCCACAUUCCGACGCGACUCGCACAGUCAAUGUGGCCGACUCGACCAGAGCUUAGCAUGCCCAACGACAUGACCACCAUCACCAAGAGGAUCGAUCAUCUUAAUGUUAUCGACACAAAAUUUGUCCGCUGUGCCAAUGGAAAUUGUCGCUUGGAGGAUUAUCUAAGAAAUUCGGGAGUUAACCGGGGAGAAUUUUCUUGCAAAAAAUGCGAUGUUGUUACCUGUCUGGUGUGCCAGCAAACCAAAAAUUUCGACACUUCCAACCAACCAUCCACCUCAUCCGCUCAAGCCCCACAAAACUGCACAUGUCCAAGAAUUGAGACCAAUAAUUCCGCACCUGCCACCGCCUUAAAACGUGACCACUCACCCCAAAAUGCGAUGGAGGUUGAGAUCGACACUGAUUCCGCGGCCGUUGCUGCGAGGAAGAAGGAAAAGCUGGAUUUGCAAUUGAAGUCAGACUGGGAGUCGAAGUGGUCAUUUGUCAUGUCUUCCGUCGCCGAGAUUCCGUCGGAAGGGGGAGAGGCCGCAGGAGGUGAAGAACGCCGAGGGUCUGAUGAUGCCUCCAUGUUGCUCGCACUUUCACUAGAACUGGAACAGAGCGACUUGUUCCAUUCGAAACUAGAGUUUGAAUGUCCGAUCUGCUUGUGUGACGUGGAAAAAGGAGAUGGCGUCAUUCUGAAGGAUUGCUUUCACCAUUUUUGCAAAGCGUGCCUCUCGCAGGUCAUUCAACAUUCUGAGGGAGCCACGGUAUUUUGUCCACAUCGAGUGGAAGAUGUCGUGUGCACAUUUCUAAUAUCGGACAGGGAAAUUAAAGCGCUUGUGACACCCGAUUUCUACGAGUCCUUCCUCAACCGAUCCAUCAACCAGGCAGAGCUGGCAAUUCCGAAUACGUACCAUUGCGGGACGGCAAACUGUAACAGUUGGUGGGAGCUGGAGUCUGACCGUGUCGAAGGGGAAACUUUGUGCCCCCUCUGCCAAAAGAGGAACUGUCUCAAGUGCAAAGCUGUCCAUGAAGAGAUUUCUUGUCGAGAAUAUCAAAUGUUGCUGCAACAAGACCAGAUGGAUAUUCAGUCGAAAAAGUUGCUCCAGGAGAAAGUGAAUCGAGGCCUCGUCAUGAGAUGCCCUACUUGCAAAGUGAUGAUAGAAAAGAAUGGAGGUUGCCCAUCCAUGCACUGCACCAGUUGCGGGACUGGAUUUACUUGGGUGCCUAAGGCCGACCAACAGUUCCCCCAGGGUCACGAUCCCUCCGCGAUGAAUACGCUUUUUAUCCCCUUCGCGGCCGGACAUGGUGACAAAGCUAUGUCUCUGAGCAAACUAAUACCUCCAAGAAAGCACAAACCACGCCCUGUUACAGACAUGCGCCCCACCGUCGUGCUGCAGCGCAUCCCUGGCAUUACCAUCGGGCCGCGUGGCGGGACUAGCAACACAACCUUGAGACGAUUACGUCUUCUUCAAGAACAAGCUAAAAGGAGAGAAUCUGAAGAAGAUAUAAUAAACGAACUGCUUAGGUCACGUGGUGUCCAACCGGCAACAUCAAAUCCGGGGCCGAGUACUUCGUCAUCGAUGAGAAUGAGUCAGCAGAGGGCAGAAGAAUGGGUGUGGUCAGCACACUUUGGAGCUACGCCACCGUCCGGGCCAGCUGCAAAUGUGGUAAAUAAUCCUCUGGGGGGGCUAUCAAACGACCCGGCGGUGCCCAUGUCAAGGUACCUGGUACCGGGGGCGUCAAAUUAUCCGGUACCGGGGACCUCAAAUUAUCCAGUGCCCGGGACGUCAAAUUACCCGGUACCGGGGACCUCAAAUUAUUCGAUACCAGGGACGUCAAGUAAUCCAAUGCCGGGGACCUCAAAUUACCCGGUACCUGCAACGUCAAAUUAUCCGGUGGCGGGUACAUCGUCCAUGUCUAUGCCGCACACCCCAUUAUAUUGGACGCCACCAGAUCCAUCCUACUGGAAUGCGCCGGCUGACCCAUACUCUUCUACGCUUCAAUUAGCAAGUAUGUACAAUUAUUCGCAAAGCACGACCCAGCAGGUUACGCCUGGGUAUAAUCUAUUUCCGGAAAAUCGGGCCGCAACACCGGAAACGAGCAGUACAAGUAGUAGUAGUAGCAGUGGAAUGGGAGUUAAUAUGCUUAAUAAACAUAGCUUAAACUUAAUUGGUCAAGGUUUUGAUCCAACAAUUCAACGCCCUGCGUCGCAUCCUAGCGGGUUCAAUUCGAGCCCGUAUCUCGAUGAUGAUGACGAUGACGAUGAUGACGUAGAUGACGACUUGAUGAUGGAACAUGAACUUAUGAAUCAUAUAUGGGACAAUUCAGAUUCUUCUUGAAUAUUUAAUUAAAUGAGCACGUUGGCAAUUAUCUAACUUGAUUUAGGUUUUUUGGGUUAAAUUUUGAAUUAAAUAGAGAUAAUUACAAAAUAUAUGCUUUAUCUUAAUUCCUAAACUAAUUUUUAUAUGGAGUUAAUAAAAUAUGUACUUCGUUUUUUAACCAUUUAUGAAAUGUGCAGAUGAGACAAGUUAGUACAUACAUAUUCCACUAAUAUUGUAAUUCUUAUUUCAAUCGGUAGAAAUAAUUCGAACGCAGAUAACUUUUUGGAUUUCAUGUCCAUGACGAGAUUAGUGAUACAUUCUGUAUUGCAUAAAAAUUAAAAUCAUGAAGUAUGUUUACAAAUUACAGCAUAGAUUCUUAUAUGUAGUGAAUCUUACAUGAAUUAAAAAAUUGGUUCCCUAUGGCAUACGAUUUUUGUGUCCGUUUCCAGAUUAUGUAGUUGUUUGUGUCUAACUAAAGCUUGCUUGAAUAAAAAAUUUCUCGUUAAAAAA